CUCAAAGUUUCGAUUAUAUCUGUGUUUCAAAUUUAUGUUUCAAACGUAUCGCAAACUAUCUUAUUAUAAUAAGUAAAAAUAAAUUGGAAAUAUUAUUAAAAAUUAAAGUUUUCUUAUACAUUAAUUAAUCUACAACCUUUGUUUUAUUUUUCGAAUUAUUUCAAACUUCUCGGCCUUUUUGUAUUCAUAAAAAUGCAUGCAUAGAAGUGUGACUAUUUUUUCGAACUAGGAUUCCAGCUUUCUAUAUAAUUGCAUUUAAGAAGUGGAAAUUUACACGUAUUCGGUAACAAUGGGUCUUUUCAAGACAGCUGUCACUAUUGCUGUGAGUGGGGGAAGGAUGGGGAUGAAAUAUAAUGGAAAUUUCCGUUUGCGUCCUUUGCUCUCCUGUGCGCCGGUCGCCAUGGCGUGGAGCGAUCGCGGUGCGCACACGCAGGACGUCACCAAGAACAUACAGUACAUCAGCAACGACAAGGUCAAGCUCCACACGGACCCUCAGACGAUGAAACUGGACAAACAGCUAAACCGGCCGAGGUGUAUAAUGAUCAACUGGCUGCUGGCGCGGCAGAAGCACGUGAUGAAGUACGCGAACCUGUACCUGGAGCAGGGCUUCGACGUGGUCUCCGUGUCGUGUACGCCCUGGCAGCUCAUGUGGCCCUUGAAGGGAUCGCAGCUAGUGGCCGGCGACCUGUUACGCUUCAUGUCGGCGAACGACAACGAGCAGCCGCUGGUGGUGCACGGCUUCUCGGUGGGCGGCUACCUGUGGGGCGAGCUCUGCGUGCACGUCAUGCGCGACCAGCAGCUUUACCAGCCGAUCCUAGACCGCGUCGCGGCGCAGAUAUGGGACUCGGCGGCCGACAUCACCGAGAUAACCAUCGGCGUUCCGGCCGCCGUCUUCCCCAAGAACAAGAUCAUGCAGAAGACCCUUAAGGCCUACAUGGAGUACCACCUGCGCACGUUCCACGCGGCGGCGACGGCGCACUACAUCCGCUCGUCGCAGCUGUUCCACACGAACCUGUGCCGCGCGCCCGCGCUCUUCCUGCUCUCCGCCUCCGACCCGGUCGGCGCCGCGCGCAGCAACCGCGCCGUGCACGACGCCUGGCGCAAGAUGGGCAUCAGCUGCACGUGGCACUGCUGGGAGCGCUCGCCGCACGUGCAGCACUUCGCGAAGCACCGCGAGGAGUACGUGUCGCUGGUGCGGGCGCACCUCGCCGCGCACCUGCCGCGCGCCUGCGCGCAGCAGCUGCGCCACCAGCGGGCCGCCGUGUGAACCCGCGCAUGCUCAUAGACAUCGACAGACAUACACACAUAGUAUACAUAUAAAGGCACUAUCCUGACACUGAUUUAGACACUGGUACUACACACAAACAAACACACACACACUCGCACUUCCCAUCCUCUUAUCACUUAUACACACACACCCAGACACACUUGCACUUGCACCUCAAUAACUGACAUGUAACACAAGGCCAACAUCAUUGUAUACACAUGAACACACUCUCACAAUGGACUAACACACUAAACUUAAUAAGUAUUACGCAUAGAAAAUGGUGUGUUAAAUCUAAUAUUAUAAGCUAUGUGUUAUGAUAUAUUUAGAAUUAUCAACUUCACACACACACGCACACACACGGUCACAUACGACACCACAAACACAUAACGAGAAUUAUAAAAUUAUUAACAACACUGAAGUAUAAUAAUUCCAGACAAGAGUUAUUAAUAUGGAGUUUCACUUUACAUAUGCAAUUCACAUGUAUUUUCUUAUUGUUGUCCUUUUAGCAAUAAAUAUUAAUGGAUAUAGGUUAAUUUUGUUGAUGAAAUAUGAACCCAAACUUAAGGUAGUUUACGUUCAAAUUACAACGUGAAUCAUGCAUGCAUUGCGAGUAUUACAACCAUUAAUCUAAAUAAUUGUAAAAUGAAUUAAAUGUUACAGAUAAAAGAUAAGAAGUUCAUAACAUUACCUUUUAGAAGUUGUAUUUUUGAAUAAAAAAAUUGUGUACACAGUAAGCAUCUAAGGAAAGAUACCUUAUAUUUAAUUGCAACCGAAUUUGUACGUUUCAUUUAAGUUCAUUUUAUUAUCUAUUGCACUCAUAGUAUAUUUUAUAUUUGUAAGUUGUAUCGCGAUAAGUGGUGAUUAUACAGCGGGUAAAUGUAUCGACUGAUUGGUAGAAUUUAAGGUUAAUAUAGAAAUUUUUGAAAAUUAUUAUAUACAUUGAGCACUUUAUAUUUACAGUGAAAUUUAACACUAAUAUUAGAAAAUAAUUUAGUAAAAUUAAAUAAAUUACCACAUGGCUAGGAUAGCUACAGGGUGAAUGAAUGCAGUAAACAUUGAUAAAUUAAUUUUUUUAGGAUAAAUUACAUUGAAACAGUAUAUCAAAAAUGUCUUGAUAUGGAUGUUUUAUGUCCUUAUAAGUGUAGCUCAGAUUUAGAUAUUUAGACAUAGUUUUUUUUAUAAUAAAAUAUUUUUGAAGUUA